AAAAAAAAAAAUUCUGGGAACUCUUGUUGCCUCAGAAAGCUGGCCGCGUCAUUUCCUUCCAGUGACAAAUUUGUGGUUUCAGUCUUUUAAAAACUUUUUCAGAGUUGUGAUCAUGACCAGUUUGAAACUUUGUCUGUGAACGGAGAAUGAAUUGUCAUGUUAAGAACAUGGUCUGCCUAUCUCAGAGAUCACAAGCAAAAUUCAGAAUAAUCAUCCCUAUUCUCAUCUUGAUUGCUGUUGAGUUAGUGCAUCCAACAAUGUCAUGCAAGAAUGAGAACUGCAGCCAGCUUCUUCACCGUAGUCUGAAGCUCACUAGGUUGAUGAGCAAAAGGACAGCAGAGCUCUUAGAAACAUAUAAAGCCAGUCAAGGAGAUUCUGCAGACCUGAUCUGCGAUAUGCAAAUGGACAAUGUUCCAGUAUCGACCGUCUCCGGCCAGACCCCGUCGGAGCGCAUCUUGAGUGUUUAUACCCACCUGAAAGAGUUUCUUCCGCACAUCAAGACGGUGAUGGAGCAGCAGAGAGACUUAAAUCCUCCAACCAACCCUGUGGUGGAGGGGCUUCACAGUACGAUUACACAUGUUAACCACAUUGCUCUGAAGGUGAACUGCAUCUUACAAAUCCUGCAGCCAAAUAUACCCAUUCCUGAGCCAGCUGAAAGGCCAACGGGAAUUCCCCCUGCGCAAAAUAUUUUCCAGCAGAAAGCCUAUGGAUGCACUGUCCUGUCUCGGCUUCAGGAGCUCCUUAGUCAAGCGGUUCAAGAACAGAAGUCUCUUAAGGGCAAACUGUGCAGAAAGAGGACCAAAAAUGGUUCUUGAUGAACUGACAUCAAUGACAUAAUUUAUUCCUAUUUAUUUUUGUACAUCUGCAACUAUUGGAAGCCCAGAGUAUGGUUUUUAUUGAUAUAUUUAUUAAUAUAAUUUAUUUUUAUUCUAACUGUCAUAUGAAUAUGCUGUAUGUUGCCAAAAGUAAAGUUAUGCAAUAAUAAUAAAAAAAAAUUCCAAAAGGACAAGAGCUGAUAAUGUUAUUUGGCCGUCAACAGAUGUCAUGUUUCAUCAGAUGUUCAAGUGUUGCUUAUUGCCCUGCAAGAACGAAGGGUAAAAACCACUCUAGUUACUCAGAAUUUCUUAACAACACUCUAUGAUGUUAUAUAUGCCGUCAUAAGCAAUUGUUUUGAUUACAAGGAAAUUUGCAGUGAUAAACUGUGAUGUCAUGCGUUAGCCAUAUUGGCUUUUGUGGUCAAUGCUAACGUCUAUAGCAUGACCUGAAUAACCUAGUAAAAUGUAUAUGUCUGAGACAUCGCCUUCAGUUGAGACCAUUUUAGAAGACAGGAAGUAUAAGAGACUGAUAUCAGCCCAUAAUGACGCAUUCAUUUUACCACAUCAAAAAGGGGAAAAAAACUGGCUAGCCGUCUCCACUGUCACAAGGUAUGAGUAGCCUAUGUGUUUGUGUCCAUGUGAGUGAAUCUCAAAGCAUUGCCCUUGUAAUUACCAGACUGUGGUCUGUACAUUUCAUGAAUGCUUUCUGUGAAUGUAUGUAUAAAUUUUGAUACUUAUUUAUAUGAA